UAGAGAAAAAACAUUGACGAGCCGGGAAGCGGCUGAGCCCCCGUCUCAUCACCAAUUGGCUAAGGUUAUCCAGGUCCCUGCCUGUGAUUGGCUGGCCUCACAAAGACACCGCCUCCCUGGCGAAGCCGGCCCUGCGGACGGAGCCUGGAGCCGGGUGUAAUAUCCUAGGAGCUGCGAGCUACCGGGCCUGCGCCGCCGGGCACUGGGGUUUGGGCCUGGGGCGCUCUCUGGCCGUAGGUGCUGAGCUGCCGGGAACGGCCGCUCCUGACGCUGGGCCUCUGGACGCCGCGGUACCUGGCUUCUUCACUUUGAGUUUCCGCCGCGAAGCGCCAGUCCGGGCCGAGGAGGGAGCCUUUACUACCCCUCCCUGGUUUCAUUCAUGCUCUGAGGAGGGUGUGAGAAGGAACCAUGGAUCCCACAGCCUUGGUGGAAGCCAUUGUGGAAGAAGUGGCCUGUCCCAUCUGUAUGACCUUCCUUAGGGAGCCCAUGAGCAUUGACUGUGGCCACAGCUUCUGCCACAGCUGUCUCUCUGGACUCUGGGAGGUCCCAGGAGAAACCCAGAACUGGGGUUACACCUGUCCCCUCUGUCGAGCUCCUGUCCAGCCAAGGAACCUGCGGCCUAAUUGGCAGCUGGCCAAUGUUGUAGAAAAAGUCCGUCUGCUGAGGUUACAUCCAGGAAUGGGGCUGAAGGGUGACCUGUGUGAGUGCCAUGGGGAAGAGCUGAAGAUGUUUUGCAAAGAGGAUGUCCUGAUAAUGUGUGAGGCCUGUAGCCGGUCCCCAGAACAUGAGGCCCACAGUGUUGUGCCAAUGGAGGAUGUCGCUUGGGAGUACAAGUGGGAACUUCAUGAGGCUCUCGAACAUCUGAAGAAAGAGCAAGAAAAAGCCUGGAAGCUGGAAAUUGGCGAGAGGAAACAAACUGCCACCUGGAAGAUACAGGUGGAAACUCGAAAACAGAGUAUUGUAUGGGAGUUUGAGAAAUAUCAGCGAUUACUAGAGAAAAAGCAGCCAUCACGUCGGCAGCUGGAGGCAGACGUAGCAGCAGCUCUGGCCAGCCUACAGCGGGAGGAGGAGGAGACCAUGCAGAAACUGGAGCUGAACCGUAGUGAGCUCAUCCAGCAGAGCCGAGUCCUGUGGAGGAUGAUUGCAGAGUUGAAAGAGAGAUUGCAGAGGCCUGUCCGCUGGAUGUUGCAGGAUAUUCAGGAAGUGUUAAACAGGAGCAAGUCUUGGAGCCUGCAGCAGCCAGAACCAAUCUCCCUGGAGUUGAAGACAGAUUGCCGUGUGCUGGGGCUAAGAGAGAUCCUAAAGACCUAUGCAGCUGACGUGCAUCUGGAUCCAGAUACUGCUUACUCCCGUCUCAUUGUGUCUGAAGACAGAAAAUGUGUGCACUAUGGAGACACCAACCAGAAACUUCCUGACAAUCCUGAGAGAUUUUACCGCUAUAAUAUUGUCCUGGGCAGCCAGUGUAUCUCCUCAGGCCGGCACUACUGGGAGGUGGAGGUGGGAGACAGGUCUGAGUGGGGCCUGGGAGUAUGUAAGGAGAAUGUGGACCGGAAGGAGGUGGUCUAUUUAUCCCCCCACUAUGGAUUCUGGGUGAUAAGGCUGAGGAAGGGAAAUGAGUACCGAGCAGGCACCGAUGAGUACCCACUCCUGUCCUUGCCAGUCCCUCCUCGCCGGGUGGGAAUCUUUGUGGAUUACGAGGCCCAUGACAUUUCCUUCUACAAUGUGACUGACAAUGGCUCCCACAUCUUCACUUUCCCCCGCUUUCCCUUCCCUGGGCGCCUCCUGCCCUAUUUUAGUCCUUGCUACAGCAUUGGAACCAACAACACUGCCCCUCUGGCCAUCUGCUCCCUGAACGGGGAGGACUAAGAGAGCUACCAGCCUAAGGAGAGGCCUUGGAAUUGGGGCUAGCCCCCACGGGGCUUGGAGGACCCAGCCACUGACAGGUAUCCCCUCAAACUGAGCUGAGCCCAGAAUCCAAGUAUUCCUCUGUCUAAUCCUUUGGUUUCUUGCUAUCAGGCUAAAGUCUGUCAUGAAACCACUUAUUUAAAAAAGCACAGGCCCAGUCAAAUGAGCAUUGUACCCCAUAAGGGAAGCAUCAGGGCUGAUGGUGAGGAUCAGAGCAUGUCUAAGGUGACUUGCUGGGGUAAGGAUCUGGGUUUUGUCCAUUUGGUAGCCCACACCCCUCUUCCCUGAUUCCUGUCCAGUGUCACAGUUAAGUCAUUGAAGAUGAUGAAGUCAAUACAAUCUUCAGGACAACAUUAGGUAGGCUUUCCCAGUAGGCCAAAAAAUAAAUAAAUAAAUAAUGCUGCCCAUACCCAGAGCUGGUUGUUGUGCUGAGGGCAGUCAGAGGAGACUUCCCCUGAGGUUUACUACAACUAAGCAACCUUUAUGUGACCCUCACUCUCUGACCUCCUGGUGAGAGAAAUUCAGUGCAGCAGGGGACACAGACCUGCCCAGACCACCCCACCUCCAUUCCCUCUUGAGCACAAGCUGGGCAAAUCACUGUCCCUCGGACUCCCAGGAGACCAGUGUCCUAGUCCUGCUUUUUUUUCUCAAGUGGCAGGAUCAGAAAACCUGUGAGCCUUAGUUUGUAUUUUCACUUUGUGAAUGAGGAAACUGAAAUGGCCUUAAUGAAGCAAGUUAUGUUUUACAAAGCUGUUGAAGAUAAGAUUAUAAAAACUAUAAAGCAUUUUUCACACUCAAACAAGGUUGACAAACUCACUUCUCAGAUCACAUGUUUCUACAUCAUUUAUUACAUUUGAAUCCGAACUAUCUCACAUGUUAAGAAGGUUUUAUGUGUCCUUAUUGGGAAAAUGAGUGUAAUUCAGCAUAAAACCUCAUAUUAUUGUCCUGCCUCGUAGAGUUGUUAUAUAGAUCCCAGAUGCAUCCCAUGCGUUUGUUCCUUUCUGAGGCACAGAGGAAGGCAAGCUGUGGAUUUUGCACGUGGUGACCUUCCCACUGUGCCAUGAUACAGCCUGCAUCUUACAGCAGCGCCUUUGUCUCAAGGCCUCUCCUGACAGUCUAGAGAGCCUUUUGGGCAGAAAGGUGCUUCAAAUGGCUGUGAUAAGGACUAUUAAAAAUUGUGUUUCUACUUUAAUUGUAUUGGCUAUUCAUGUAUGUAGGAAUUAAAACAGGCCAAACUGGAGAAAUAAACUCAUUCUGCUCACCGUG